AGUUUCAGCUAAAAUUUUAAAUCUCGACGAACAUUUGAAACAGGAAAAUCUUGAGAAUCAUGCAACAUUAAAUCAUUCAAAUGAACUAAGAGUGAUUUCAUCUUACCUUGCUGGAGAGAAAAGUGACGAAUUUUUGGAAGAAGAAACUCGUGGACUUGACUUUAAGGGAAAUGUUCGAUAUUUCUGUCCAAAGUGUAACGUUCGUUAUAUUGAAUUUAAAUACCUCAAAACUCAUCUUAAAGAGUGUGGAAAUGUUCACGAGUGUCAAAUAUGUCAACAAAAGUUUAAACAAAAGCGAACGUACACAGCUCAUAUGAAGAAGAAACAUGAAAUUUCAGCAUCGAUUUUUGAUAACAGCAGCUCACCAAGAAACACUCUUGAGUUUAUAUUCAAAAGUAACUAAAUGACAAGAAAUUUUAAUGUCUGCCACAAACGACGUUAAAUAAUUGCCUUAAAUGUAGAGUUUCAUCGUUUUCCAUAGAAGGAAACUCUCUGAUGAUAAUUUCGGUCGAAUCCUACUUAAAUCUCAUUGCAGUUACGAAAUUUUAUCUUUUAAUCUUAAUUAUUCUUUUCAACUUGUUUCUAUUGAUUUAAAAAUGAUGAGAAAUUUAUGAAAAAUAAAAAUAAGAAAAAGUUUUGAGUACAAA